AUGCGUCUUAGCCUCAGUACUAUUGGCCUUCUGGCCUUGUCUUCCAUGUCAUUCGCCGCGCCUUCGGCUCUAAAUUCCGACAUCAACAUCAGUCUCGACUCUAAACGCUUGGUGGCAAGGCAGAGACAGUACAGCUGUGUGGACGUAGAUAUAGGGUUGCAAGCACAAUGUCUGGAAGACUUGAUUGAGCUAAGAAGGAAGGAGGCCGCCGGAUGUAAUAUCGCAGGAUGUAUUGGCGCUUUUGCCGCUGUUGUUGUACCGUGUGCUGUUGCUUUUGGUACGGAAUUCGCGGAUGUCGCGGCCGACAUCUCAUGCAUUAUUGCGAUACCUUCAUUUGAAGGGGCAUGCGUCUUCUGCGGAUGA